UCAUGCGCAAUCGGCGUGCGCGAGUCGUGCUGUCCGCGUAGACGACGUCGAGAGCAGCGAGAGAGCCAUCGGCAUCCGACUCUGCGUGUGAGUGUUCGUGUGUCCGUGUGCAGCUCGUUAUACGACCAUUAUUACGCUCCCUCUCUCUCUCUCUCUCUCUCGUUCUACGUAACCGCGCAGUGAGGAAGCCGAGAUCGUAGCUCCGAGGAUUAUCAGAGGACCGCAACAGCAGACGCUCGACGAAAAAUGCUCACGACGGUCGUCAGAGGUAUCGCGAGGCGUUCCUUUUCCACGUCGAAAUGGGCAGCCGCGCAGCAGAUGACUGUGCGAGAUGCCCUGAAUUCGGCAAUGGACGAGGAAAUGGAAAGGGACGAAAGAGUGUUCAUUCUAGGUGAAGAAGUAGCCCAGUACGAUGGUGCUUACAAAGUCACCAGAGGUCUGUACAAAAAGUAUGGAGAAAAACGAGUCAUUGACACACCUAUCACAGAAUCUGGUUUUGGUGGUAUGGCAGUUGGUGCAGCCAUGGCUGGCCUUCGACCAAUCUGUGAAUUCAUGACUUUCAAUUUUGCUAUGCAAGCCAUUGAUCAGAUUAUCAACUCAGCUGCCAAAACCUUCUACAUGUCUGCUGGAAGGGUCAAUGUGCCCAUAGUCUUCCGUGGACCCAAUGGAGCAGCCGCUGGUGUAGGAGCUCAGCACUCUCAGUGCUUUGGUGCGUGGUACGCUCAUUGUCCAGGCUUGAAAGUCAUCUCCCCUUACAACAGCGAAGAUUGCAAGGGUUUGUUGAAGUCAGCUAUUCGUGACCCAGAUCCAGUUGUGUUUCUGGAAAAUGAACUGCUGUAUGGUGUUCAGUAUCCAAUGUCUGAUGAAGCACUUUCGAAAGAGUUUGUUCUGCCCAUUGGUAAGGCCAAAAUCGAGCGCGUGGGUAAGCACGUUACCCUGGUAGCACAUUCCAAAGCAGUUGAAACAGCACUGGAGGCUGCCAACGAAUUGGCUGGAAAAGGUAUCGAGGCAGAGGUCAUCAACCUUAGAUCACUGAGGCCACUUGACAUUAACACAAUCAUACAAUCCGUUGCCAAGACGAACCACGUUAUCAGUGUGGAGCAGGGAUGGCCUUCAUCCGGAAUUGGUGCCGAAAUUGCCGCUAGAAUCAUGGAAAGUGAAGCUUUCUAUCAUCUAGAUGCACCAGUCAUUCGCGUGACAGGUGUUGACAGUCCAAUGCCAUAUACCAAGAGCUUGGAAAUUAAGGCACUGCCUGUACCAGCUGAUAUUGUGUUCGCAGCAAACAAAAUUCUAGGAGUUGCACAGUAGUUAAAACGUGGUACACAAGUAUAGAAACAUUCAUUGUUCAAAGUUUCCCCAAACAUUUCCCUUUCCCGAGGUUCACCUCCAACUCCCUUAGGUCCGUUUUAAUUAUCUCCUUAUUGUCCCAACGUUCCUUCGACGCUUUUCGCUACUGGAAAGCUUGUACAAAUUCGGCAAUCGACGGAGGAAGAGAAAAAAACGCUUUAGUAAAGGCAAACACUAGGAAAAUAUUUAAUUUACAAUACAAAGAAAUCGAGAACUCUAGGAGAACAUUCGAUAUUGUAAAUUUGGCUUCUGAAACGAGCAACGAAACAUUUUUGAAAUUCGGUAUUGAACUUGAAGCGAUCAAUCGACUGCGUCUCGCGAAUCAAUCGUUUAUGCAAUGAAGAGUACAAUGGCCUGUACAAUGUAUGUGCUACACCUAUUUUAUCAAAUGUUUUAGUUAAUUGAUCUUGCUUUAAGAUUUUUAAGUUCAAGAAGUUCGAGUAAUGAAUUUCCUAAAAUAAAUGUUAUUUUUAAUAUUUAAAAUGUAACACAUAAAAUAGGUCACCAGCAUUCACAUUAGAGUAACAGCGCAUUGAUUCACAGUAGACCUGGUCAUAAAAGAAAUGCCGAUUAAAAGCCAUGUAAAUUAAAAAAUCGGUAUGAAAUGAGUUCACAGGUCAACUUUGUGGGCUGCAUUUGUUUAUUAAUUUAUUACAGAAAAAAAUAAAUUGUAAUAUACAUA